AUGGUAGCUUUAUUGCCAAUUGCAAUAUUUUUGGAACUAACAAGUAGUAGUGUGGAAAAAGAUGGUCGGUUCGGGCUGUACCCACCACCACCACCGCUUCCCCACCGUUACUCCAUAUCCAUCCACACUAAUAAUCCUCUCCAUUUCCCAAAGGUAAGCAAACAAAAAAAAAUGGGUUUACUCUCACUCUCAUCACUUCAAAUUGUAUUCAUUUCCAGUGGAAUCUUAUCGCUGGCUUUGCUUUUUAGAGUAACGGCGCCGUUAGUUAUGGAUUUCUCCGUUAACUAUCAAGCUCUGAAUUUAUGGAGUUCGUUCUGUUCGUGGCUUAAACCACCGUAUCUUUACGUUGUUCUUAACUGUAUAAUCAUCACCAUUGCUGCUUCUUCAAGGUUUCAUCAUAGCCAUGGAGACGAUCAAGAUCAGCACCGGCAGCAGGAGAAAGUACCUACUCCGGAGAUUACUGUAAAUGAAACGGAUCUUCAGUUUCAUGACUACGAUAUGAAGAUUUCUACUACGGCGGCGGCGGUGGCGGAAGAGAUUAGAUCUGAUUACGGCGGUUUAGGUCUGGAGCUGACUGAGGCGCUGCCGGAAGUUUACGAGAAACGAGAGAUGGAGGAGAUGGUUAUUGCUAGCGUUUUUGAAGAUAAGCGGACUGUUUUUGUGGCGGAGAACAGUGUUAAGAAAGAAGAUGAAUAUGACUUUACAAUCUCUCAAUCUACGUGGAUUCCUUCGAAGAAGAUUCAGUCAUCGGAAAAUCUGCCUGAGCUUCUUAUUCCGGCUGAGAAACCUCUCGUUUCUUCUCGUUUCGGUCAUCGGAAACCUGUCAAAGGCAGUCCUGAAGGUGGAAGAGCGUUGAGAGUGGCCAAGCCAAAACGGCAGGAGACGUUAGAAAACACGUGGAAAACGAUAACGGAAGGAAGAGCAAUGCCGUUAACUAGGCACUUGAAAAAAUCAGACACGUUUGAUUAUGGCCGUCCGGUUAACGGAUCUGAUUUGAACUCACAUGCACCGAAGAAAUCAGAGACGUUCAAGGAUAGAACCAAUUAUCAGGCGACACCUGUCAACAACGGAUACUCUUCUUCCGGUGGUGAUGGUAAGCUGAAAAAAGAGCCGUCACUGGGUCAGGACGAGUUGAACAGACGAGUUGAAGCGUUUAUUAAUAAGUUUAACGAGGAGAUGAGAAUGCAGAGGCAAGAGUCUUUGAAUCAGUAUAAGGAAAUGAUUAGCCGUGGAAGCCAUUAAUUUGAUUAGUUAAUCUUAAAUUAUUUGAAAUAUAGUUUUUUUUUUCUUUUUUAAAACAAACUGAAAAGAAAAUUAUUUGAUGAAUUUGUUUUGUUAAUUUGCUUUUGGAAAAUUAGUUUGAUGGGCCUUAGGAGUGAGAUGGGCUUUUAGAUGUGGGACGGACUUUUGUUAUACAAAUAGAAAUAGAUAUUCUAUUUUAUUAAUCAUAAGUGUCUGUAAAGAAAAACAUAUUUGGAUUCAAUUUUUUCAUAUUUAAUGAAUAGUUUAAGUGAAA